CUGACCCAGCAAACUCAAGAAAUCAUUAUUCCCAGUUAUUCGUCGUGGUUUUCGUUUGGCAACAUUCAUAAUAUCGAGCGCAAGGCAUUGCCAGAGUUCUUCAACAACAAAAACAAGAGCAAGACUCCGCAGGUCUACAAAGACUACCGUGACUUUAUGAUCAACACUUACCGAUUAAACCCUUCUGAAUAUCUGACUGUUACUGCUUGUAGACGCAAUCUUGCUGGGGAUGUGUGUGCUAUCAUUCGUGUUCAUGCCGUUUUGGAACAAUGGGGACUCAUCAACUAUCAGGUGGAUCCUGAUUCCCGUCCCUCUGCCGUGGGUCCAGCCUUCACUGGUCAUUUCCGUGUUACUGCAGACACUCCUCGAGGUCUGCAACCAUUAUUUCCCAAUAUCUCUAUUUCCAAGGCACAGGGAGCUCUUCCUACCGGUACUCCGCUGGCACUUUCAAAAAACAUUUAUGAGCAAGAUGCUUCUGCUACACUUUCCAAGAAGCGAUCUGCCGAGACGGCUACAACGGGUUCAGAAACUAAAAAACCAAAGUUAGUAUGCUCCACAUGUGGUGUUGAGUGUACAAAGUCUCGUUAUCAUUGCACAAAAUCUACUGUAUUUGAUAUUUGUCCCAAUUGCUACUUGGAGGGUCGGUUUCCGUCUACUUAUUUCUCGGGUGACUUUUUAAAACUGGAAGAUGGCACACUAAAUCACGAUUCAGAAGCGGCAUGGACUGAUCAAGAAACUUUGCUGCUACUCGAAGGCAUUGAGCUGUUUGAUGAUAACUGGAAUAAGAUUGCUGAGCAUGUUGGCACUCGUACACGCGAUCAAUGCAUUUUGCAGUUUUUACAGCUUCCCAUUGAGGAUACAUUUUUGGAGCGUAAGCAAGAUUCUCUUGGUCCACUUCAAUAUGCUCGUGUUCCUUUUAGUGCUGCAGACAAUCCUGUUCUUUCGCUUGCAGCAUUUUUGGCUGCCGUGGUUCCUCCCAAUGUUGCAGCUGCAGCUGCAGAAAGUGCAAUCCCAAUGGACACUACAGAAGCUGCACCAAAAAAAUCUUCUACACAUUCAUUGGAGGUUGCGGGUGCAACUGCGCUUGGAGCAGCAGCAGCAAAAGCACGAGCCAUUGCAGACUGCGACGAACAUGAAAUGCAGCGGGUUACACGACACAUUAUUGAAGUGCAACUCAAGAAGAUGGAGCUGAAGCUACAGCAUUUUAAUGAGCUUGAGGCUAUAUUGGAACAUGAACGGAAAGAGCUUGAAAGAGAACGUUUAAAGUUGUUUUUAGAUCGUCUUGCACUUCGUAAAACCACCUUG